ACCCGUCGCUUGGCCUUAUCAUUCAUUUUGUUAUUCACUUUAUCAUAGGCGACUGCGAGUAGGCGACUCGGCAUCGUUAACAUACCUUGUCUUUUUUUAAUGUGGCAACACGUCGUCAGAGAAAUCAAAGGAAGCUACAAGAAAUACAAACCGAUACAAACCAAUGUAUCAGAUACACAAUAUUUGCUGUCUGAAGCGUUCAACGAUUGAAUUGUUCAAAUUGUUUGGCAUCUAUUUUUUUAACUGAAACGCUUUUAAACAUCUGUAUGUAAAAUGAGGGCUAAUUGUUUGGAGGUUAAUCAGGCAGCUUACAUCACACUUAAGGCUGCACUGAAAACAUUAGAUCCUGAUGUAAUGAGGCAAAUCUGUUCUGUCAAAUCCAUCAUUUCUUCAGUAGACAUGUCACUGGUAUCCAAACAGAUAAACUUCAUUAAAACAGGGAAUAAAGGAAUCUUUAUGGGUAUUUGGGUUAACCAGCUGUAUUACAACAACACAAAAUCGUAUAAAUUGACAAUAGAUGAAAUAUCGGAAAAUGGUAUAAUAGGUUCUAGAUUUUUUCUAACUCUGCAUUCCAAAGUUGCUGAGGAAUGGCACAACAAUGCUACAGUUAAAUCCAUAACAAAAGGGGCUGGAAAAGGCCUUAUCAUCUUUCAACCAGACAUCCCUUACCAAAUUAAGAGUCAAAACAUUGAAUUUCAUUUAACGAUUCCUUCAGCAAGUGGUCCUUGGAUGAAGGUCAUGAAUUACUUCAGCUCUUAUGUUGAGGCUAAAUCUGAACAAUAUGUGUACACAAGUCUUUUUGAUGCUGAAAAAUGUAUGGUCAUGAAACAGCAACAGAGAAUGAAGUGUCACCUCUACGCAGUUAUACAUUCAAUCAUCUUCAAACCAAAAGAAGGCAGGCAGGGAAAAGGGCAAAGCAUGUACGUCGUUGUUGAUCCUUCAUGUUACGAAGACAUGAUCAAGCAACGAGAGUACUGUAUGCACGUUUUCACUUCUUCGCUUGCAGCUUUUCCAAAGAUUGAAAUUGGUGAUAUUAUUCGCCUACACCGCGCUUGGGCUGAAAUCCGACCAAGAGAUGGACUUCCUGAUUUCCGUGUUUUCCGUGAAGAUGACUUGGUGAUAUUUCCAUGGAAUGAAGAAGAAAGACCGCGCUGUUCGGCUAAUCGUUUCAUUUUCACAGAAGAGGAUAUUGAACAUGUAAAGUACUUGAAAAGGUGGUCAUUAGAACGAUACCGACAGCAAAAAGAUAUGCACCAAAUAACUGGGGAAGCGACGGAUAAAAACCCUAUUACCCUAAGUGAUAUCAAACCGAACGAGAACUUCAAUCUGUCGUGUCGUGUCGUAAAGUUUUUCGAUGAGGACCCUGGUGUAGCAAUUUGGGUUGAAGAUGGAACACGUUGCUCACUUACAACAGUUAGCGAUGCAAAUAUCGAGCCGUAUGAUUCGCAACAAACGCAACUAGUUGACCAAGGUUGCUCCCGCAUCUGCAUCCGUUGCUCCAAGCUUCUACUUGGAUCUAUACAAUUGGAGCCGCAAAUGCUUCUCUAUUUGAGAGAGGUUGCACCUACUGUUCAAAUGGCUCUGGACAUCGCCGUAGCGCAGUUCGAAAUUAAAGGGGCCAUCGAGCUGCUUCCUCUGAAUACUAGAUAUCAUAAAUCAUUGAUGCAACGACUGGAAAAAGUUACAACAGAAGUGUUUCAGACGGAAACCGUAGAAGUUGAAAAAAACUUAGUGGAAUUGGGAGAUGAAAUGGAGCAACAACCAGCUGAAAAUCGGCCAAACGGAGGCGAAUCUGUUAGCAGUCCGCCUGAAAAAGGUUUUGCUCCCAGUCCUGCCAUUGAAAUCGCCGAUAUGGUUGUUGAUCUGAUUCCUCAUCCGAUUCAACCUGCGAUUGCCCCAAAUGCAAGGGAUAGCACAGAUGUACAGAAAGAUCACAUUGCGUCAUCUGGCGAAGGCUCAACCGACAGGGCAAUGAAAGAAAUCCCAAGUGAUUUUUUCGAACCCUUCUCACCUCCGAGGCAAGAACUAAUUCGCCAAGAUUUUGAGCGGGAAAAACAUCGUUUACGUCUUUUAAUUGACCCAGCACUCGAGGAGCUUCCAAAUUUUGAAGUCUCACAAGUGAUCAGCCGUCGGUCAGUUAAGUCCCAAAAUUUAGCAUCCUUGGAAGACAUGACGUUUAGCCAAGUAGUGGCUAGCACUCAGAAACCCCCACGAUACCAAAGCGACACGGAAGAAUCAAAUGAUGCAGAUCAAUCUUCGCUUUCAGCCUCGCUCGGAAUUCGUAAUGCACAGCAGAUUUUAAGCCCCGCGGAGUCUCAGACCUCUGUUGAUGCGAAAAAGGGUGAAAUUAAGAACCUGUCACAAUCUCCAGCCUUCCAGAAACAUAGCCGUGAGACCCGCUCAGCUUCACGUAGCAUCAGUCCACAUCCAGCCUUUCGUGCCGUCAAUGAAGUGCUUGAAAUCAAAACAAACUGUCGCUCAAAGACGGACGAAUUAAGUGGAAGUGAAAAUCAGAUGAACACCAGUAUCGAUGCUCCUCUCUUUCGAACCCGACCGAGCAAAGGAGACCAAAUCAUCGUUAAGGCGAAAAAAACCAACAACAAACAAGUUGUGGAGAAAGCUACGUUCGAUAAUGGCCAACAAAAAGAAAUAGUUCUCUUUGGAGAUCAGAGCGGAAUUGUUAAGGAAUCUACUGUUCAAAAGAAAAAUGCCAGUAAAAUGACGGAUAGUCUUCCUGGAAGGAAUCGUCGUGAUAGCGACGGAAGUUCAGGUUCAGAUAGCAUUGUCGAAAUUGUGCAGGAAAAUUCUUGUGAAGAAAUGAUCCAAGAAUCAGAUAUGGAAUCUAUCGUCAUUUUGGAUCCCUUGUCACAAAUGGAUUUAGAACAAAUAUUUUGUGCAGUAGAAGAAGCUCAUUUGGCCAAAAAAUACCUGCAAAAUUUGGAGCAAGAGAAUAUCGUGCUGCCUGGGGAUCGUUUUAGGAUAACUGCACGGAUCAGUGAAUUGUUGCCGAAAGCAUGUUUCCCCGACAGUGAUGAUCCAAUCGGGUUGAAAAGUUUGAUUGUCGCCUUUUGCCUCGAAUGCAGACAUUUGUGGCAGUACAACCAGUUCAUAGGUUCAGUCAGUGAACAAGUAAGGCAGCCUCGAGCGCAACCUAGUGUGUCUUCUGUGGAGGACGGUGGAAGCGAAAAUGUAGUAAUUAACUAUUUUUGCAACCCUGAAGAACAUAGCCGAAACAUUCGAAUGCUUAUCGAUGGAUGUUCCAGUAUCGACAAUUACGAAUAUGACGAAAACGUCUUUCUCAAUAGAAGAUACGACUAUAUUUGCCCAUUGUGCAAUUCAAAUGGGAUUUCGCAUUCGCUGUGCACGCUAAAACCUUCAUUUUUCUUCAGAGUGCACGCCACUCAAUUAAUCGAGAAGAUAAAUAGCCAAAAUACUGCAUGCAUUCACAUCCUGGCAUCAGGUAUCCACGCAGAGUAUUUUCUUGGUACGAAAGCGGAUCACGUGUUGAGGAGCCAAGAAAUUUGGAAACGGGCAGAACAAAGGAUAAGCAAACUUGUGCAAAAUCAGCAACCGCUUACCCUAAGUUUACUACGGUGCCAAGACAAUCCCAACGAAAUCUGUCUUGAAUUCACCAAAAAUGUUUUUGCUGUUAACCACCUGUUGCCAUGGUAAUUAUCAAUGUUGAUGCAUUUAGUCUUUAUCGAAAUUCUAUCUGUCUUAUUGCACAUUAACACGAGCAUUUUUCUUCGUUUUGGGAGCUUACCUACAUAUAUUGGGAGGGCGUUUUACAGGAAAACAGCAUGGACAAAGCUAGUGUUUAUGUAAUACAAAAACGAAGUAGAAAAAGAAAAUGCUCGUGUAAACGUACGUUUACUUUGCUUAAUAACUAUUGAUUAAUCCAGUAAGAAAGGAAUCGCCACUUACGUGUUCCGUUACUUGAGUGUAUUCUGUUUUAAGAAUACCAGUGUUUGUCAUUAUUGUCAAAUUCCGAAUAAAGAACUGUUGUAAGAAACAUAA